AUUACAGCGUGGUAUUGUUAUUAUUGUUUAUUUUGUUUGCGUGUUUGUGAUUUUAUUAAAAUGGCGAAACGCGUUACCAAUUUUAGCAAAAACGAGGAAACUCUACUAUUAGAUUUAGUACUUAAAUAUAAGGACAUACUUGAAUGCAAAAAAACCGAUACGAGUAACAAUAAAAUAAAGUGGGAAGUGUGGAUGCAACUCACUAAAGAGUUUAAUUCCGUCAGUGGGGAAACGACGAGGGAUGUAAAAGGACUUAAAAACAAAUAUGAGAAUAUCAAAAAACGGACCAAACAAAAAUUUGCGGGUAUAAAGAAGUACGCAAGUGGAACUGGCGGGGGUCCACCACAAAAUCCCGUUUUUACAAACACCGAUGAGGCUUUACAUGAGAUCAUAGGCCCGCAAAUUACUGGUACACAGUCCAGUUAUGACUACGAUUCGAAGGAAAGAGCAAUGCCAGGACACGCCACCUUCAAAAGUCUGGACAGCCUGUCAAACUUUCUUCCUUCUACAAGUGAGAGAAAAAUGCCAGGACCUUCCACUUCCAAAGGUCUGGAUAGGUUGACAAACUUCCUUCCUUCUACAAGUGAAAGAACAAUGACAGGACCCUCCACCUCCAAAGGUCUGCAAAAGCCAUCAACAGCCAGAGGUAUGAAUAGGGAGGAAAACUUGCUUACUUCUACUAGUGAAACAGAAAUGCAAGAGGCUAAAGGUCUAAAUAGGGAGGAAGAUUUGCUUUCUUGGACAAAUGAAAUAGAAGAAAUUUCUUUUUUGGUGGGAAGCAGCGAUGAAGAUAUCUUUAACAAUGAAGAUAUGAACGAAGAAUAUAUUAUUAUAGAUGAGCCCAUUAAAAACGAAAAUCGCCAACAGAAUGACCCUGAAUCUCUUAUUGGCCAAGAGGAUUGGUCAACAUAUACUCCAAAGAUGCUAAAGCAGAAAAAAGCAGAACCGCUUCGUUUAGGGACCAAAAAGAAUUUAAAAAAUACAGUGGCGAAAUGGGGGCAAGCCAAGGAGGGUCAUAUACGCCAACAAAACUCAUGCCUUAAAGCACAGCAUGAAAGGAAGAUGCUGAUAAUGGGAAUAGUGGCCAAAAAGAAAAUCACGAUGAUGGAGGAGGAAGCAGCACGGAAUAAAUUGGAACAUGAGAAAAGAAUGGAAUUGAUGGAGAAGACAAUGGCACUGAUAGAACAAGAAGCAGAAGAAAGAAAAGAAAUAAUGAAAAAAUAUUUAAAAAAAUAAAAUUAAUAAAAAUUAUUUGAGUACAUUAAUGUGUUUGUAGUACCCAUCCCUAUAAUUUUUUUAAACUACCCAACCCAGUUACUGAAUGCUACUUUAAAAAAUGGCAUGCAUUGUAACACACGGAAAUUUACUAUAUCGGUUCACUAAACUCGGACACAACAGGCUAGGGAG